AUUUGUUUAGUUUAUAUUUAUAAGUAUGGAAGCUACACCAGUGGGAUAUGUUGUUGUAAUUAAAAGAGAUGGUACUGAUGGUCCAAAAAUUCCAAUUGAAGCUAGUACAAAUAACGUAACAUUCGGAAGAGAUGAAGCUACUGAUAUUCGUGUACAGUUACCUGGAGUUGGUUUAAAACACUGCCAAUUAAAUAUUAAUGAUGGAAAGAUUACACUUGAAAACUUCUCAGACAAUCUUCCUACAAAAUGUAAUAGGAUUUGUGUUGAAAAAGAAAAACUAUUGGCUCACAAUGAUGUUUUUAGCAUUGCUCAUAGGUCAUUUCGUAUUGAAUACACCAAAGCUUUUGAGAAAGCGAGUCCUAAUAAAGAAAAUUAUACAAUGAUUCCAUUUGGUACCAAGUCGAUGACCACAGAUUCUAUAUCUCCUAUGAGAAAUAAUACAAAACUGCAUAAUCUCGAUUGUACUGAUUCUAAAAAUUCUGAAAAAAUUAAUAUGCUACCUCUUCGUGUUUUAAACAAAGAGAAUAAUGCUUCAGAUCUAGUUACCAAUACUCCAAAGUCCUUGUUAAAAAGAACCUCUCUUUCAACCAAGAAAAGAGUUUCAUUUGGUGCAGUUUUAAGUCCAGAAUACUUUGAUAAAAGACUCCCACCAAGUACUCCAAUAAGACGGGGUGCCAGCCCAGCAGUUUCAUUGCCACCUAGAUCAUUUAUUCAAAGAACAUCUUUAUUUCCUGAUUAUAAAGAUUCUACUUUUAUUGAAAGCAAUAUAUCUAGCAAUACAGAGACACAAACCUCUAACUUAGACAAUGUUUUAUUAUCAUUUGAUUCUGAGUCAAAUGUGGACAUUUUUGAUGAUUCUCCAACAACUAAAAGCAAGUUACCAGCUCCAAUACAAGCUGAAGUAAUAAAAUCUUGGAAAAAUAAUUUACUUCCGUCUGUUAAUGAAGAGCAAGAGUCUCAUCUAUCACCUAACCAGUUACCUCAGCCUUUACCUAAUCAUUUUAAAAAGCGAGCUUUAAAAACUCCUUUGCGAAAAGAUAUUCAAUCAAAACCAGUUCUUCGUAAAACACUCAGAAAGGGAUUGAUGACACCAUUAAGAAAACAGAUUAUCCAAGGUGUAACUCUUAAAAAAACCUUAAAAAGAACAAUAAAAAUUUCAAAUAUUGAUGUAACAGAGAUUGUAGCAUACCCAAAUAACAAUUUGUCAAAAAAUAAAGAUUUAACACUUUUGAAUGAAAAUAGUAUAAAUCAAACUAUUUUUCAGUUUGAUUUAUCCAAUCAAAAGUUGAGAACUUUAGAACAGAAAAAUGUUUCUCUGUGUGAAGUAAAUAGUGAGUUACAUACACCAUUGAAAAAUAAAAUAAAUGAAGGGUUAUUACUUGAUCAAACAAAAAAUAAAUUAAAAACACCUUUGAGAAAUGAAAUUGAAGGAGGAAAGUCACUACGCAAAACUAAGAAAAAGUUGCAAACACCUUUAAGGAAACAAAUUAAGCAAGGAUUAUCUCUUCGUCAAACAAGAAGAAAGCUACAAACACCUUUGAGAAACCAAAUUCAAACAAGAAUAUUAUUAAGAAAAACAGUUAGGAAAUUACAAACUCCCUUGAAAGCACAAAUUAAUGAAGGGUUAUUGCUUCGUCAAACAAUGAAAAAGUUGCAAACACCUUUAAGAUAUCAAAUCCAAGGAGGUAUGUCACUUAGAAAAUCAAUGAAAAAGUUACAAACACCAUUAAGAGUACAGAUUGGUAAAGGAUUAACUCUUCGUCAAACAAAGAAAAAGUUGCAAACACCAUUAAGGAAGCAAAUUCAAGGAGGUAUGUCACUUAGACAAACAAAGAAAAAGUUACAAACACCACUAAAGAAUCAAAUUGGUGAAGGUAUAUUACUUCGUCAAACAAAAAAGAAGUUGCAAACACCAUUAAGAAAACAAAUCCAAGGAGGUAUGUCACUUAGACAAACAAUGAAGAAGUUGCAAACACCACUAAAGAAUCAAAUUGGUGAAGGUAUAUUACUUCGUCAAACAAAAAAGAAGUUACAAACUCCAUUAAGAAAACAAAUUCAAGGAGGCCUGUCACUUAGACAAACAAUGAAGAAGUUGCAAACACCUCUAAAGAAUCAAAUCGGUGAAGGAAUUUUACUUCGUCAAACAAAAAAGAAAUUAAAAACUCCUUUAAGGAAACAAAUUCAAGGAGGCCCGUCACUUAGACAAACAAUUAAGAAGUUGCAAACACCACUUAAGGAUCAAAUUGGUAGAGGAAUAUUGCUUCGUCAAACAAAAAAGAAAUUACAAACACCAUUAAAAUGUCAAAUUAGUGAAGGAAUUUUACUUCGCCAAACAAAAAAAAAGUUACAAACACCAUUAAAGAAGCAAAUCCAAGAAGGUAUAUCACUUAGACAAACAAUGAAGAAGUUGCAAACACCACUAAAGAAUCAAAUUGGUGAAGGAAUAUUACUUCGUCAAACAAAAAAGAAGUUACAAACUCCAUUAAGAAAACAAAUUCAAGGAGGUAUGUCACUUAGACAAACUAUGAAGAAGUUGCAAACACCACUAAAGAAUCAAAUUGUUGAAGGAACUAUACUUCGUCAAACAAAAAAGAAAUUACAAACUCCAUUAAGGAAACAAAUUCAAGGAGGCCUGUCACUUAGACAAACAAUGAAGAAGUUGCAAACACCAUUAAAGAAUCAGAUUUGUGAAGGAAUUUUGCUUCGUCAAACAAAAAAGAAAUUACAAACACCAUUAAAACUUCAGAUUAGUGAAGGAAUUUUACUUCGUCAAACAAAAAAAAAGUUACAAACACCAUUAAAGAAGCAAAUCCAAGAAGGUAUGCCACUUAGACAAACAAUGAAGAAGUUGCAAACACCACUAAAGAAUCAAAUUAAUGAAGGAAUAUUACUUCGUCAAACAAAAAAAAAAUUACAAACUCCAUUAAGGAAACAAAUUCAAGGAGGCCUGUCACUUAGACAAACAAUGAAGAAGUUGCAAACACCUUUAAAGAAGCAAAUAAGUGAAGGAUAUUUGCUUCGUCAAACAAUGAAGAAAUUGCAAACACCAUUAAAAAAUCAAAUUGGUGAGGGAAUAUUACUUCGUCAAACAAAAAAAAAAUUACAAACACCAUUAAGAAAGCAAAUUCAAGGAGGUAUGUUACUUAGACAAACAAUGAAGAGAAUGCAAACACCUUUAAAGAAACAAAUUAGUGAAGGAUAUUUGCUUCGUCAAACAAUGAAGAAUUUGCAAACACCAUUAAAGAAUCAAAUUAAUGAAGGAAUAUUACUUCGUCAAACAAAAAAGAAAUUACAAACUCCAUUAAGGAAACAAAUUCAAGGAGGCCUGUCACUUAAACAAACAAUGAAGAAGUUGCAAACACCGUUAAAGAAGCAAAUCGGUGAACGGCUAUUACUUCGUCAAACUAAGAAGAAAUUGCAAACACCUUUAAAAAAACAAAUUAGUGUAGGAUUAUCACUUCGUUUCACAAAAAAGAAAUUACAAACACCAUUAAAGAAACAAAUCCAAGCAGGUAUAUUACUUAAAAAAAAAAUUAGAACUUUGCCAACACCAUUACAGGAAGAAAUUUGUGAAGGAUUACCUCUUUGCCAAAUAAGAAAAAAUUCAAAAACACUAUUGAUAAACCAGAAUAAUGGAAACGAAACAAAUGUUUGCAAAAUAUUAAAAGCUCAACAAGAGACUACUGAAGUAUAUCAGGAAUCUUCAUUUCUUAAUUCUAAUUUUGAUUUAGCUGCUGAAGUUCCCAUUAAGAGUACCAGUAAAUCAUCUAUUGGAAAGCAUUCAAGAAAAGGGAAAGUUUCACAAAAAAAAAGCUUGCUUAAUGAAAAAUACACCACAAAUGACAUUGGUAGCUCAGAAAAAUCAAAUAUGCAUAGUGGAUCGAUUAGUGAUGUUUCGCCUAAAUAUAACAAUUCUGCAUUUAUAGAAAGUAAUGCUUUUGUUGAAAAUGACAAAUUUACUGGAAAUGUGAUUUCUGCUGAUAAUUCAGUAGAAGAUUGUGUUAUCAAUAAUGGUUUACCUACCAUGGACUUAAUAAGAGUUACGCCUGAUCUUCAGAGUUCACAAGUAAAUAAAGAAAAGUUUAUUAACUCUGUAUAUAAUGAUAUUGUGUCUACAUAUGAAAUAAAAGAUAAUGAUUACUUAUCAGAUGCUAGCAACAGUAAUAAGUUUGUUGAGUAUCUAGAAGUUGAUACAAUGUUUAAAAAUUCAUUAGCAAAAGAUUUAAGGUUUGGGGAAAGUAUCUCAUCUAAAUCAUUUUUACAUGACAUUCGAGACUUGCCAUCACCUACUUUUGAAAAUUCAGGAUCUAAUAUUUUUAAUGAUAUUGAAAAUAGCAUUUAUGCAGAACAAAGUAUGAGUAUUUUUACCCGUGAUAUGUUAGAUAGUAGAAAUUCUUUUGAAGAUGGAAUUAAUACAAGCGUAUCUGAUUCUGUAUCUGAAGAUGUUUUGACAUACCAGAUUUUGUCUAAUGUUCAUAGUUCUGAAGCUAUGGUGUUUAAUUUACCUCAUCAAGUUAUACCAGAUACCAUAUUACAUUCAGAAAAUAAUAUUUCAAAUACCCAAAAAAUUAAUAUUGAGCAGUUAGUUUCAAUAAACAAAAAAGCUGAUGUAAAUCCAGAUAUUGUUAUAGACAAAGAAAAAGGUGUUAUUGAAAAAAUAACUCCAUUGAACAUAGAGGAUAAAGUUCAUUAUCAGAAUGUCAUUAUAAACAAAGAAAAUAGUUUUAUUGAAGAGUUAGUUUCGCUAAACAAAGAAGAUGAAGUUCUUUAUCCGGAUAUCAUUGUAAACAAAGAAAAGUGCAUUAUUGAUGAUUUAGUUUCACUAAACAAAGAAGUUAAAGUUUGUUAUCCAGAUAUUAUUCUAAAUAUUGAAAACCCACAUUCAAAUAAACCAAUCAGACAAUCACAAAACCAAAAACUGAUAAAAAAUAAUGAAAAUAGAGCACACUUAUUUGAACAACCCAUAAAUCUAAUAAAUGAAUUAAAUAUCGAAAAUGGGCAAGCAAGUAAAUGUCAAGAAUUUAAUAAUACUACAAAAUUUGUUGCAUCAAGAACAUCUAGCAAAAGUAAAAAAAAUUCUGAUAAACUUGCAACAAAAGAAUCAAUAUCAAGCAAAGAUACAAAAGAUCAAUCAAACGAAAAGCCAUUAGAAGGAGAAAAAAUAAGUGAUGUACAACUGAAGGAAAAACAAUCAGAAAAUAUUAAAGUAAAUGAUAAUCAACUAGAGAAAAAACAGUUAGAAAAUACAGUAACAAGUGGAGCACUUCAAUCUGAUAUAAUUAUGCCUGGUAGACGAAGAAAGAAUGUAAAAAAUGUUGUAGACUUUGUGAAUCAAUCAGAACUAUUGCAACCUGAGGAAACUAAUAACAUUAGACACUCUGCACGAUCAAAUCAGACAAAAAAUUCUGAUAAACUUGCAACAAAAGAGUCAAUAUCAAGCAAAGAUACAAAUGAUCAAUCAAACGAAAAGCCAUUAGAAGGAGAAAAAAAAAGUGAUGUUAAAGUAAAUGAUAAUCAACUAGAGAAAAAACAGUUAGAAAGUACAGUAACAAGUGGAGCACUUCAAUCUGAUAUAAUUAUGCCUGGUAGACGAAGAGAGAAUGUAAAAAAUGUUGUAGACUUUGUGAAUGAAUUAGAGCAAUUGCAACCUAAGGAAACUAAUAACAUUAGACGCUCUGCACGACCAAAUCAGACAAAAAAUUCUGAUAAACUUGCCACAAAAGGGUCAAUAUCAAGCAAAGAUACAAAUAAUCAAUUAAACGAAAAACCAUUAGAAGAAGAAAAAUCAAGUGAUGUACAACUGAAGGAAAAACAAUCAGAAAAUAUUAAAGUAAAUGAUAAUCAACUAGAGAAAAAACAGAUAGAAAAUACAGUAACAAGUGGAGGACUUCAAUCUGAUAUAAUUGUGCCUGGUAGACGAAGAAAGAAUGUAAAAAAUGUUGUAGAUUUUGUGGAUCAAUCAGAACUAUUGCAACCUGAGGAAACUAAUAACAUUAGGCGCUCUGCACGAUCAAAUCAGACAAAAAAUUCUGAUAAACUUGCAACAAAAGGGUUAUUAUCAACCAAAGAUACAAAUGAUCAAUUAAACGAAAAACUAUUAGAAGAAGAAAAAUCAAGUGAUGUACAACUGAAGGAAAAACAAUCAGAAAAUAUUAAAGUAAAUGAUAAUCAACUAAAGAAAAAACAGUUAGAAAAUACAGUAACAAGUGGAGGACUUCAAUCUGGUAUAAUUAUGCCUGGUAGACGAAGAAAGAAUGUAAAAAAUGUUGUAGAUUUUGUGAAUCAAUCAGAACUAUUGCAACCUGAGGAAACUAAUAACAUUAGACGCUCUGCACGAUCAAAUCAGACAAAAAAUUCUGAUAAACUUGCAACAAAAGGGUUAUUAUCAACCAAAGAUACAAAUGAUCAAUUAAACGAAAAACUAUUAGAAGAAGAAAAAUCAAGUGAUGUACAACUGAAGGAAAAACAAUCAGUAAAUAUUAAAGUAAAUGAUAAUCAACUAGAGAAAAAACAGAUAGAAAAUACAGUAACAAGUGGAGGACUUCAAUCUGAUAUAAUUAUGCCUGGUAGACGAAGAAAGAAUGUAAAAAAUGUUGUAGAUUUUGUGAGUCAAUCAGAACUAUUGCAACCUGAGGAAACUAAUAACAUUAGACGCUCUGCACGAUCAAAUCAGACAAAAAAUUCUGAUAAACUUGCAACAAAAGGGUCAUUAUCAACCAAAGAUACAAAUGAUCAAUUAAACAAAAAACCAUCAGAAGAAGAAAAAUCAAGUGAUGUACAACUGAAGGAAAAACAAUCAGAAAAUAUUAAAGUAAAUGAUAAUCAACUAGAGAAAAAACAGUUAGAAAAUACAGUAACAAGUGGAGCACUUCAAUCUGAUAUAAUUAUGCCUGGUAGACGAAGAAAGAAUCUAAAAAAUGUUGUAGAUUUUGUGGAUCAAUCAGAACUAUUGCAACCUGAGGAAACUAAUAACAUUAGACGCUCUGCACGAUCAAAUCAGACAAAAAAUUCUGAUAAAAUUGCAACAAAAGGGUCAAUAUCAAGCAAAGAUACAAAUGAUCAAUUAAACAAAAAACCAUUAGAAGAAAAAAACUCAAGUGAUGUACAACUGAAGGAAAAACAAUUAAAAAAUAUUAAAGUAAAUGAUAAUCAACUAGAGAAAAAACAGUUAGAAAAUACAGUAACAAGUGGAGGACUUCAAUCUGAUAUAAUUAUGCCUGGUAGACGAAGAAAGAAUGUAAAAAAUGUUGUAGAUUUUGUGGAUCAAUCAGAACUAUUGCAACCUGAGGAAACUAAUAACAUUAGACGCUCUGCACGAUCAAAUCAGACGAAAAAUUCUGAUAAACUUGCAACAAAAGGGUCAUUAUCAACCAAAGAUACAAAUGAUCAAUUAAACGAAAAACCAUUAGAAGAAAAAAAGUCAAGUGAUGUACAACUGAAGGAAAAACAAUUAGAAAAUAUUAAAGUAAAUGAUAAUCAACUAGAGAAAAAACAGUUAGAAAAUACAGUAACAAGUGGAGGACUUCAAUCUGAUAUAGUUAUUCCUGGUAGACAAAGAAAGAAUGUAAAAAAUAUUGUAGGCUUUGUGAAUCAAUCAGAACUGCUUCGCAACAGUCAACAGAAGGCAGCACAAGAAAAUGAAUUAAUAAACAAUGAUCAACUUGAAGAGAAACAAUUAAAAAAUAAAAUAAAAAGAGAUAAUCAACUUAAAAGGAAACAAUUUCAAAAUACGGUAACUAAUGAUAAUCAAAUGAAUGGAAAAGAUUUAGAAGAUACACUAAUGACUGGAAAAGACUUUUUGGAUGAGUUAAAUAUUCCAGGCAAACGAAGAAGGAAUGUCAAUGUGGUAAAUCGUAAUGUUGAUUUUGCAAAGCAAAUGGAAAAACUGCAAACUGAAACUCAGCAUUGCAUCAGGCGGUCUGCACGGACUAAACAGGAUAAAACUGAAAAAUUUCCAACAAAAGAGCUUACAUCUACUAAGAAGACAGGUGAUGUUAGUGAUAAAGUUGAUCCAGAAACUGACUUUAAAAACAUGCAUAUCUCAGUUCUGCCAGCUAUGAAUGUUGAAAAUGUAACAUAUGUACGCUCAUCAAGAUCAAUGAAACUAAAAAAACAUAAAACAAAACUUCAAUUAAAGAUGGCAGAGCAAAAUAAAAUAAAAGAAAACCAUUCAAUUGAUCCUGAAGUAAAUGAAACAAAUGGUAAAAGUGUUGUAUCAGGAAAAUUAUCAGAAUACCAUGAUGAAGCAAUGUCAGUUGUUGAAAAUCAUCAUGAUGAAGCAAUGUCAGUUGUUCAAAAUGAUUAUGAUAAAAAAAAUGCUGCUUCACCUUCAAAAAAAACCAAACUUAAUGAAGAAGAAACAAGUGAAUAUCUAGGGUCUAAAUUGAAAAUGGGAAAAGUAUCGGUACCAACCACUCGAUCUUCUAGAAGAAAAAAUGUUAAUGGAGAAACUGUUAUUCAAAAAUCUUUUAAUUACACAAAUAGUGUUCAAUCUAGCAUUUUAAUAAAUGAAGACAUUCCACCUGUGGUAAAAAUCAAUCAAUCAAAUGAUACUGAAGAAGAGCCAGGUAGUGCUAUUUUUAAUAGCAAUAUAGAAGUUAUAAGCAGGAAAUCUAAUUCUGAAAGUACAAUUCAAGCAAUAAGUCAACCUUCUACUCGAAGUAGAAAAGAAAAAAACUCCAAUCAAACUCUAAUUAUGUCAAAUAAUAUAAAUUUAGAAACAAUUCAGACCACAAUCAAUGAUGUGGAUGUGACAAAAAUUACAAAACCUUCUUCAAAAUUAUUAAAAGGGAAAAAAAAAUUUAAUGCACUUAUUACUGACCCAACACAAGCUAAAAAUUGUUCGGCUCUAAAAGAAAAUAUCAAUAAAUCGCUUAAGGAAAAACCAAAUUUGGGUAGUGAUUUAAUAAUCAUGAAAAACGAGAAUUCAGAAAAAGACUCAAAGACUCAAAAGUAUAGAUCAGUAGUUGACAACAGCAAAUCAAAUCGAAGAAAACGUUGACGAAAGAAGUCCGCCAAUUGAUGUCUCAUUACACUUUUUACUCAUAACAAUUUUAAUGCGCUCAAUAAUUUUUUAAUGCAGCGUUUUACUUAAACUUGCUUAUAGUUAUGAUUUUUAUUAUUUAAAAAGCUACAGACAGACACUUUUAUUGCGAUCAAACUAUAUCACGAUUAAUAUAUUUUAUAUAAUGUAAA